GAAGCGUUCCUUCUCACUGAACAUUAGCCAUCUGGAGGAGAAGAGGUACUUCCAGGCUGGUCGUUUCCUGGCAUGGAGCUUGCUCCAUGGUGGCCCCGGUCUUAAGUACCUCAGCAACCAAGUGUGGUCACUGAUGACCGGUGGAGUCAUUGAAGAUGAGGAUGUCAGCCAUGUGCCAGAUAUUGAUGUGCAGAAUAAAUUAAACAAGUUGAAGGAGUGCAAGACUGAUCAGGAGUUCUGCCAGGUCUGCAGGGAACUUGCAGAUUGGGGAUACGAUCCCGGUUGCCCCCAGAUCAUUGGGAUGAAGUCCCUCAAUCAAAGGACACCACUCCGGAGGCAUUUAAUUGCAUUCUAUUUGUUUUAUAGAGUAAAGCCGGCCAUUGAUCAGUUCACCAGUGGUAUGAACAGCCUUGGUGAUCUGUUCACAGUUAUGGGGAAGAACCCAACAGACUUUCAAAAUUGCAUGUGCGGGGGUGAUAAAUCACUUACCCGCAAAACAUUCAAAUCGAUGUACCGAAUCCAGUACACCAAGAAAGAGGACAACAAGGCCCAGCAUGAGGAGGAGAAAGUAACAAUGUUAACUUUCGAAAGGUUCCUUCAGAGUUGUGAGAAUCAAAAGAACAAUAUCACGAUAAAUGAUGUUCUACAAUUUUGUACUGGACUGGCUUUACUUCCGCCUCAGGGGCUUAACCACAACGCAAUUGUGGUGAAGUUUUAUGACCAGGAGGAGGGCACAUUACGGUUGCCGUCGGCCUCGACAUGUGCGUUGUGGCUGUGGUUGCCAAGAAACCUGAAGGAUAGGAAAGACAGGAACAAGAAGGUGGUGUUUGACGCGAAGGACUUUCUUGGGCAGGCAAUAAAGAACGGCUUGGCAUCUGGGUUCAAUAAAAUAUGAAUUUUUAGCUCACCUGGGUCAUCACAUUUUGUCCGUCGUCUGUCCAUCAACAAUGGUGGCACGUUUGUUCACCAUUAAGUCUAGAAAAUUGAAACUUGGUGUGUGGAUGUUUCAUGACAACUUGACUUGAUAUACCAAAAAUCAUCUCAAUUUGGCCUACUUUCUGGGCUCUAGGCGGCCAUCUUUGAAAACCUUCUCUGUCAAUAUCUCAUAGUCAGAAUCAUGUCAUUUUUACUGUGGUAACUUCAGACAAGAAUACAUGACAUAAUACCCGGGUUUUAGAUUUGACCUACUUUUCAUGGUCACAGAGGUCAAAGUAGAAAAUUUCACCAAAGGUGGCACGUUUCUUCAUUAUUUGUCCUGGAAUUCUUAAAGAGAAAGUAGAAAGCCUUUAAAAUCGUUCAAAAUACAGUUUACCCGUGAGACAUUAACUCGAUAUAUCACGACUGACCAAAUUUCUGUGCCGAAAUAUUGCCACAUGACCUAUAUCGGGGAUUUAAAUCGGCCGUGUAAGGGGCAAAUAUCUUGGUGCCAAAAACAGACGUCGGCCAUGUAUGUACACACCUGUUGGCUAUCUCUACAUGUUGACAAAAAUUUUAAGCUGCAGUGUAAGUAGGUCAGUGUCAUAAAAUUCUAUGGGUCAUGUCUCAAGAGGCGAAUGACCUUCACUCUCAUUUCAUCCAUCACUGAAACAUUACCAGGUGAGCACAAUGUCCCCGUACAUUUCAUUUAUAGCUCACCCAGGCUAUUUCAUUCCUGAGCGUAUGGAUUCAGUGAGUGGUAAUUGAUUCCUAGUGUCAUGAGGACAAUGCCAUUCCAUGUCUCAUCUUUAUUGAGGAUUUAUUUAUGUAUUUUUGUGGAUGGUGUUUGGUUUUUUGUGAAGAAGUACACUUUAGGGUGCCGGGUGCUACACUCCUUGCACCUUAAUGGGUAUUAAUCUGCAGGCAAUCUCUCAUUACAAACACAGAACAAACUUGUUAGGAAUCUUUUUUUCUGAGAUAUUGUAUGUAAUAGGUGAUGUAAACCCUUUGAGUGCCAGCCCUCCAAAAGCCAGAUGGUCUACUUUUCCAGUCUGAAGUAUAUUUUGAAUUGAAUCGGAAUAGUCUAUAACUUUUUAGCUCACCUUUUAGCAGAGGUGAGCUUAUCCCAUACCGUGGCGUCCGUCGUCCGUCGUCGUCGUCGUCGUCGUCGUCGUCGUCGUCGUCGUCGUCGUCCGUCGUCCGUUAGCAGGGCACGUUUCGUAACUGUUAGAGCUAUUGAGUUGAAACUUGGUACACAUGUACCCUUAUGUAAUGACACCUGGGAGACCAAGUUUCGGUCCGAUUCGUUUCAUGGUUUGGCCACCAGGGGGCCAAACGUUAAAAGUGAAAAUAUGCAAUAUCUCCCUUAAUAGUAGUCGGGAAAUUUUGAAAAAAAUAUGGUAGGUGUUUCUAGCAAAGGUGCAUCAUAUAUCAUCCGGGUUUUUGAUUUGACCUCCUUUUCAAGGUCACAGAGGUCAAAUGGUGUAAAUUAGCCGUUAGGAUGUAACGAUGGCACGUUUCUAAACUGCAAUGACUAUUGAUACCAAAU